AUGUAUUCCACUACGAUCGGCCACCCAGGGCCAGCUCUGAUCGCCUCAACCACUCUCAGCACCCCCAAGAACCCGCACGAGUUGGCUGAGAUUCGCGCCCUUCUCGCAAAGCUCGAAGCUAGACGACGCCAGUACUGUACCAAGAUCCGAUCCCGGAUUGAGCUCAACAAGGAGGUCUACCGCGAUCUUGCCUACAGCAGACGAAAAAACAUCCACGUGAUGGAAAUUGUUGCUAGUUGGGUUGAAUUGUUGAACGAUAUUUCAGUCGAAUUUUAG